UUUCAAAUGAUUUCAAGGUACUUGCAUUCGUCAAUUUUUUUGUGGUUGCCAUGUUUUGUUUUGAUUGUUUUGUUUAUCUUUUGUUUCUUAAGUUUGCCAUGUUUUAAUAUUGACUAUUCGAUUGCGGAGAGGCUUAACGGGAAAUGUUAGAAAAAGAUAUCCAUAACGGACUACAAUGGGCCGAAUAUAUAUGUAGUAUAGGCCAAGUGGAUCAUGUCCCUAACCCUAGUUUCCAGCUCUUCUUUUUAUCUCUACUUCCAGACUAACGAGAGGCGUCGGCGCGGCUGCUACUUCAAUCUCAAGGUCAGAAAUUUCAAAUAAACAAAAACGACUUUCUUGAUUUGAUAUAUAUUGCCUUUUGGAUCAAAUUCUCGUAACAAUGCUUGAAUUGAUGUUUACUUGUUCUUUAUCUUUUUUUUUGACCAAUACUUGUUCUUUAUCUUAUGAAGUUUGUAUUCGGAAAUGCCAAUAUCAUUUACAAAGAUUCGUUGCUAAGCUCAAUUUUUCUCUCUCUUUCUGAUUUGCAGUUUGAAGAAUGGUGAGAAUCAGUGUCCUAAACGACGCUCUGAAGAGCAUGUACAAUGCGGAGAAGAGGGGAAAGAGGCAGGUUAUGAUCAGGCUUUCUUCCAAAGUCAUCAUCAAGUUCCUAAUUAUCGUCAUGCAAAAGCACGGUUACAUUGGGGAGUUUGAGUAUGUUGAUGACCACAGGUCUCGUAAGAUCGUCGUUGAGCUUAAUGGAAGGCUGAACAAGUGUGGUGUUAUCAGUCCUCGUUUUGAUGUUGGUGUCAAGGAGAUUGAGGGUUGGACCGCUCGUCUUCUUCCUUCCCGUCAGUUUGGUUACAUUGUCCUGACUACAUCUGCUGGAAUCAUGGAUCACGAAGAAGCAAGGAGAAAGAAUGUGGGUGGCAAGUUCUUGGCUUUUUUUACUGAUGCAGCAGCUUCACGACUUCUUGUUUAAUCGGGUUGUAUUUCACUGUUUUUUCGACUCGUCGAUUGCUCUUUAUGAACUCAGAUGCGUUAGACGCUUAUAGGAGAAAUAGACAAAUUUAUUUCGGUUUUUGAGUUCGUUAGGCAUUACUCAACGUUGAAAUAUGAGAAAAUGGUUAUUAGAACAUUGAAAUAGCACAAUUUGGGAAAAAGGUAUAUCUUGUUUGUUAAUUCAAAAACAUAAGAAUUUUUAUUGUGCUAACUAAGCUAGAUUUUAUUUAGAUCAAACCUCUAAUUCUGCUUACUAAACAUUACUCGAAGUUAAACAUGCUGAGACGUUUUCGAACAUAAAAAAACUCCGAUUCGUUAAAUUUGUAGUCCUUAAAUCUCAUACACGAUUGAACUUGUGUGAUGACAAAACUCCAGAUUUCUAUUCCGUUGGAGACUUUAAAUGAUUAACUGAAUUUCAAACUGUUUUUU